AUGUACUUAUUAUUAGCCUUUUCCACGAUCCUCGUCUCUCUAAUAAUAUCCUAUUACUGCUACACAUAUCAUAAUGCACGCUUUUUCCGUGUCACGCUUUUAACAUUACUACACUUUUGCUACACCAUAUACAAAGACAUCACUUGGCUCUCUUUGUCGCUGGUUUUCUCGCAAAAGCGUACCAAUGACGCGGUGACACCCGGAAAAGUACGCGAGGAUGUCAAGCAACUGGAGAAAGUGCCUAAACACUUGGCGGUGUUGUACUGGAGAAAGUAUGAGGCUGGAGAGGAAAGGCAGGAAAAGACCGUAGAGAAAACCAAAACUAGUAAUAGUGAAAUGAUAAUAGGGUUUAACGAGAUUUCGCAGCUGUGUUGUUGGGCUUUGUGUACUGGAAUUAGAGUUUUGAGCCUUUAUGAGGCGAAGGAUAACCUUAAAUCAAAUGCUGAUCUGCUGCAAUCACAUAUUGAGAUUGCGACGCGACAGUUCUUUGCUAAUGACAAGAUUAUACCGACUACACGUGUUUCUGCACUCGGUGGUGGUGAUUUUUUAUCUGCACAAUCAAUCAAAAAUACUGAAGGGGAUGAUGGAUUUGUGCCCGAUUUACAGGUAAAUUUGGUUUCGCGUGAAGAUGGUCGUGGCCAUAUAGUCAAGGUGACGAAGUCACUUGUAUACGAUACGCUAAAGGGAAAAACAAAAAGUGAUAAAAUUGAUAUUGAAGAAGUUGAUCGAAGAUUAAAUGUUCCUCAAUUCCCGGAACCUCAAUUGCUGAUCACAUUCGCGCCUGAAAUUGAUCUUGACGGGUUUCCUCCUUGGCAUAUACGCUUAACUGAAAUAUU